AUGACGGCACAAGCCCUCACUCACAUCUCACUAUCACAACACCGGCACAAGCCCUCACCUCACUCACAUCUCAUUCCAUCGCCGUACAUCUCCCUGCACAUCUCAAGAUGUAACUGCAGUACGUCCUGCGGUGAUGUAGACGUGCCAUACCCCUUCGGCAUUGGCUCUGCCGAUUGCUACUGGCCUGGGUUCAGCCUCACCUGUGAUACAAGCCAGCAACCUGCUAAGCCACUCCUCGUCCUCCGCGACCUCGUCCUCGGUUCGUACAUGUCCUUCCAUGUCGCAAAGAUCUCCCUCUGGAACAACACGGUGCGCGUCAUCAGCACCAACGCCAUUUUCACGGUGCGCUUCUCAGAAGGUUAUUUUAUGCUUGGCAACUACUCGGAGGCACCCUACUCGCUAUCGACUAGCAACGAGUUCAUCCUGUUGGGCUGCAACCUUCAGGUGACGCUGAACUCAGAUAGCAACAAGGAUUUCAUCAGCGGUUGUGGCUCCUUCUGCCCCUCCAACGCUAGUGAAACCUACAUCGAGAAGGCACUGGGGCGUACAGGCAGAAACUGCUACGGCAUAGGCUGCUGCCAGGCGCACAUCUCCAUGUCCUCUAACGGCUUGCCCACACAGCUGUCAAUUCAAAAGCUCAACAAGAACGCCAACCAGGACUUGACGUUACAUCCAGGGUACGCGCUAAUCGCAGAGGAGGGGUGGUUCGAUCGGCGACGGUUGUCCAAGGAAAUGGUGGAGCGGGAGGGAAUAGCCAAGGUGCAGGUUCCCCAAGUUCUGCAGUGGGAGGUCAUUCAGGGCUUACCGCGACCUGCUGGCAUGAAGGCGCAUCCGGGCUGUCCGGCAGAAGUAGCCCGCAAGCUCUGCAAGAGCAAGAACAGCAACUGCAAAGGAGGAAGCAGAGGCUAUGUAUGCCAGUGCAUGUAUGCCUACGAUAAGCGCGGCAGCAACCCCUACCUCGUGGACGGUUGUAAAGGUAUAUACCUCAGCAUAGGAGUUGCUGUUGGGACAGGCAUCAUAGUAUUCCUUCUCGUUGGAUCCUUCACACACAAGAGAUUCAAACAUCGAAGAGCGCAAAUGUUGAAACAGAAGUUCUUCGAAAAAAACCGUGGACAAUUGUUGCAACAAUUGGUAUCACAAAGAGCUGAUAUUGCAGAAAGAAUGAUUAUUACCUUAGAUGAGCUAGAGAAGGCAACAAACAGAUUUGGUAAAUCUCGUGAGCUUGGUGGUGGUGGGCAUGGUACAGUCUACAAAGGGAUCCUAUCAGAUCUUCAUGUUGUAGCCAUCAAGAAACCAAAGGCGGUGAUUCAAAAGGAGAUUGAUGAAUUCAUUAAUGAGGUUGCUAUCCUAUCAUUGAUCAACCAUAGAAAUGUUGUAAAACUCUAUGGUUGUUACCUUGAAACAGAGGUCCCCAUGUUGGUCUAUGAGUUUAUAUCCAACGGUACCCUUUAUGAUCAUCUUCAUGUUGAUGGGCCAAAAUCGUUGUCAUGGAAUGAUAGGCUACGGAUAGCAACUGAGACUGCCAGAUCUUUAGCUCAUCUUCACUCAACAGCUUCAGUACCCAUCAUCCAUAGAGAUAUCAAGUCUGUUAACAUACUUUUGGAUGAUACUCUAACAGCAAAAGUUGCAGACUUUGGAGCUUCAAGAUAUGUUCCGGUGGAUAGACCAGGGAUCACAACAAGAGUGCAAGGUACAAGAGGAUAUCUGGACCCCAUGUACUUCUAUACUGGGCGUCUCACUGAAAAAAGUGAUGUGUACAGCUUCGGUGUCCUGCUUCUAGAGUUGUUGACUAGAAAGAAACCAUUUUCAUACGUCUCUUCUGAAGAGGAAGGCCUUGUCACACAUUUUUCUACCUUAUUCACACAAGGUAAUUUGUCAGAGAUACUAGAUCCGCAAGUAAUGGAAGAAGGAGGCAGCGAAAUUGAAGAAGUCGCAGCAAUUGCAGCAAUGUGUAUAACAUUAAGAGGAGAGGAUCGUCCAUCCAUGAAGCAAGUGGAGAUCAAACUCGAAGGCACUCAAGCAUCCAGGGGACAUGAGGAGGGUGAUGUAAGAAAUUGUCCCCGGACUGCAGAUGGAAGUAGGAGCGCGGAAUUGUCCAGGCAGUAUAGUAUGGAAGAGGAGUUUGCGUUAUCUUCAAGGUAUCCUCGGUAG